AACCCAUUUACUUUCACAUAUCUUUCAUCUUCUACAUCCUGAAAAAAGGAAAACUGAUAUUUCACCACCAUUCCGAUUCCAUUCUUUGCGAUCUCAGGUAUAUGUUACAUAAAAAAGAAGAAUGGCAAUAAACAACCAUUUUGUUUACAAAGAUUUAGAAGGGACAUCAACACAAUGGGAUGAUAUCCAAAGAAAGCUUGGAAAUUUGCCUCCUAAAGCUCCUGUUUUCAAACCCGACCCGUUUACGCCUGCAGAAGAUGAAGAUUCCAAACCUAAAGAUAAGAAUUGGAUUGAUCACAAGACUGAAGAGGAACUCGAAGAUUUAGAGGAUGAUUUAGAUGACGAUCGGUUUCUCGAAGAGUACAGGAGAAAGAGGCUAGCAGAGAUGAAACAAGUAGUGAAAAUUGCAAAGUUUGGGUCGAUCAUACCCAUUUCUGGUUCAGAUUUUGUGCGUGAGGUAUCACAAGCUCCUUCAGAUGUGUGGGUGGUUGUCAUUUUAUACAAAGAUGGGUCCCCUGGAUGUGGAGUUCUGAUGCAAUGUCUGGAAGAACUAGCAACAAUGUACUCAGCAACAAAGUUUGUUAAGAUUAUAUCAACUGAAUGUAUUCCGAAUUAUCCUGAUUGCAAUCUUCCAACUGUGCUGGUCUACAAUAAUGGUGCUGUGAAGGCAAAUUAUGUGGGUUUAACUACUUUUGGUCGGAGAUGCACUCCAGAAGGCGUUGCUUUGGUUCUUUGUCAGUCAGAUCCUGUUCUUAAUGAUGGACAGACUGGUGGUGAAGCUUCUAGAGAAGCUGUUCUUGAAGGAGUCAGAAGGAGAUUCAUAGAGAAAGUGGUUACAAAAUAUGAAAAUGAUGACGAUGGGUCUUCAAGUGACUAAAAAUUGGGAUCUUUUUGAGCUGCUUCUUCUUUAUGCCUGAGUUAUAGGUUGUGGUUUCUCUUGUCUCUGUAACUCUAUAAGUGCUUUUCCAAUUAUGUAUUUUUUUUAGGUCACAAAACCUGAACCAUGCAUGCAAGUUUGUAAACCAGUUUGAUAAAUGGAAAAUAGUUUAAAGGAUAA